GAACCGAGUGAGUCGUUUAGGAGCAGCCUCUGGAAAAUGUAGGAGUUCUAGGGCUUCACUGUACGACUGUACCACUGUACCCCGCGUGAGCGCAGACAGUUGUACGCGUACUGAGCAAACUAAACAUUCUAUGGUCACUUCGGCGGCCUUGCUGGAGGACGUAUAGUUUGAGGGCGUGGACAUGUGUGUUCAUUCUCCCGUAGCUCUGUUGUGAAGAGUCUGCCACUUUUGCUGAGGUCGUGCGCUGCUCGCUCAAACGCUCAAAAUGUCACUUGAACAAACAGCUUGUGAGGAUCUCAAAGCCUUCGAACGGCGGCUAACGGAGGUGAUCGGUUACCUGAACCCUCAGACGAAGCGUUGGAGAAUUAUUCUCUUCAUAAGCUCGAUCUGCACGGCGAUAGGUGCUUGGCAAUGGUUGAUGGACCCGGUCACGUCACAGGCCACAUUUGUGCAGUCAUUGAUGAACCACAUGUUCUUCACCAUCAGCAGUAUCAUCUUGGUCAUCCUGUUUCUAAUGGGCAUUCAUAAAAGGGUGGUCACUCCAUCCAUCAUUGUUUCAAGAGUGCGAAAUGUUCUGUCUGACUUCAACAUGUCCUGUGAUGAUGGUGGGAGGCUGAUUUUACGUCCAAGACCAACAACCUCAUGAUGAAGGAGUGAUUCUGUCCUUAAUGGGGCAGAUCUCAAGGCCGUGGUCAUACUUAGACCUUAAAUGACUCUCUUCCUAUUUCCAUGAAAUUUCUUCUCCAUUUAAUGUAUCCACAGUUCUUUAACCUCACCUCAAAAGCAUUCUUACAAACGCAUACUCCAGUAUGGGAUACAGCAGCAAUGUCGAAUGGAUGGACACUGCCAACUGUUGUGCUCAUCUUUUGCAAGCAAGUUGUUGAGCCCUGACAGAACUUUGCAAAAUGUCGUUCGUGAAUUCAACUAUAGUGCUGCACCUGCUGCAACUGGGUGUUUAAUGUUGCUUACUGGGUGCUUCCCCUCCCACCCCUUUUCUACGCUUUCUUUUUUGCUAGUAGUAUUUGUUAAUGACACUCUUGUUGGCUUCUUUUUUUUCAUAGUACUAUAUUGUGUGCCUCCACUGUCCUCUGCCUUUUAUUGUCAUUUUAUUUUUGACUUGCUGUCAGAUUUGUAUGCUAAGGUCUUGUGCGUGUGAGAAUAUUUUGUUAAAUUAAAACCUCCUUGUUCUCACCUAAAUUUUUACUUAUUGUACCAUGGAAAUGAUUAUUUCUGGGUGCUUUUAGCAGAUUUGUUGACAAAGUUAGAAAAGUAUAUGACACUACGAAAAUUGUUAUAGAUUAAUAAAGUGCUAUAGGCACUUUAUCUUAUGGUGUAAACAAGUACUGUUUCCAGAAGCUGUGUACAGGAAUAUUUAUGAGCUAGUAUUGGAACAGUAACCAACAUCUGGUUUCUUUUGUAAUAUUGCACAACAUAUUCAUUUUUAUUCAAGGUUAGUAGAAAAAUAGGCAUCCUGUCUUGUCUCAUAAACUAGAUGUCAACAUACAGUGCUUUGCAGGGGUCAGCUUCCCAUAUAUACAUCACUGUACUCUCUGACCCUUCCCGUGUGUUAGUAUAUUAUGGGUAGAAUUGCCACCCUGGGAAAGCAAAAAUUUUCUUUUGAUCUUGUUUUUUCCUCUCACGUUUUUAUCAUACAUUGAUUGCUGUAAUGAUAACGGUACAUGCUUUACAGACUUGUGUUCUUGAGAACACGUUUUCUGGGCAAAUUCUUUAUCUAGACUACAGUUUCCAGGCAAGUAUACAUCCACAGUGAAAUCUUCAUUUACUAUUUUCUGUUUUCUUAUUUACAACCAGCUUGAGUAAUUCCAAGUCUUUGAUGUACUUUUUAUUACUCAGAAACGGGAAACUAGAAUGGUGAAAGUGUUCACGCAUAGGCAUUAUGGGUGUCAUCACUUGAUAUUGAUUGGAACUUAUCAAUUCUUCCGGAAGAUAUAUCGUUAGCAAAAAGGCAAACAAGUAGAUCUCCAGCAGAACAGAGUUACCCUUUCUGAAAAUUAACAUUUCUCUCAAAUUGGUGACCCGGGUGAUAUGCUUGCAAAGUGCUGCCUUAGUAGGCCACUGCAAGGCAAGCUGCUACCUUUGGCUGCAUGCACACAGAUCUGUCAGCAAUAUGCCCUCAAUUAUCUAACUUUUGGCCUCGUUCAAGCAUCUUUGCAAAUUUGCUUAGAAAAGUAAGGGUAUUCUGGCUUGUGGCAGUUUUCUUUCUCUUUUUUUUUUUGACAUUUCACAUUGAUGGAUUCUUUGGUGCACAUUUAUUUGCAAUCUCUCUCUCUCUCUCUCUCUCUCUCUCUCUCUCUCUCUCUCUCUCUCUCUCUCUCUCUCUGUCUGUCUGUCUGUCUGUCUGUCUGUCUGUCUACCUAUCUAUCUAUCUAUCUAUCUCUCUUUCCCCUUGAGACAUUCUCAAUUUAAAUUGAAUUAUGGAAAGUUUGUGACUCUUUAAGUGAUAUAAAUUAAAUUAAACAUAUACAGUUCGCAAUUCUUGUCAAUGUUUUCUACCUUAUAAUUUGUGUGCCUUUACAAAAAUAAGCGUAUACAAUAUAAGCGAUAUUGAUGUCUGACUGACUAGGUGUCUGAUAGAGGGAUUUUUAAUAGAUAUUGUGGGUGCACAUGUUUUGAAAUAUAUUUUGCAGAGAGAACCCCCUUUUGUAGAGAUGGAGGGGAUUCUGAAGUAGUGUUGUCAAUUGAAGCUUGUAAACAUGUAGAGACUUUUCUGUAGCAUAGUUCUAGAUAACGAAGCAGUGAAGCAAGUGUGUCGCUACAGAAUUAAAAAAAAAAUGUUUUUAGGCUUUUUAUUUACUGGAAACUUCACUGAUGGAUUGCACUGACUGAUGGCUCAUGAAUUCUAUGUCUGUUGUAGAAUUAAAACCAUUUUGACUUGCACUACUAUCAUUAUCAAUGUGGCAUUAUGGUUGCGUGAACACUGUAGCUGCGUUUAGUGCCAUUUUCCAAUCAAUAAGUUCAGCAGCCUUGUAAGUGCUCACAUGCUGGAGUAGCUCAUAGGCGUAAAGCGUUUUAGUAAAUUGUUUAAAGUCAUGGUGAGUCAUUCUGCUACUCAGAAGCAGUUCCACAGCCAUCUUAUCUGCAUGUGACAUUGCUUAAUCUUCUGACUGCCAGCAUUUCUUGCUUUUUUUUAUUGUGCUUUAAACAGGACACAGUCAGUGCUGUUCCUUUGCACUUGCCAUGCAGUAAUCAUGUUAGUUCGAGCAGUCUUGCCGCCUCAUACAGUUCACCUGUUUGUGGCCAUAUAUAAUGUAGUUGAUUAUUGUUUUGCUUGUAUGAAUAUUAUCAUCUUUCUAGUACAAUUAAUAUCAAAUGCUUUGCUUGGCAAUCGACUCGUGAAGCACUUUGAAAGUGUACUUUGCCCAACGCAGAGUGAUGUUUCUUGUGAGGUGUGUCUUUGCUACUUGAUAUCAUGAUCAUUGGCACAGCAGUAUUAGAGUGUUUCUUGUACCAGACGCUAUGCACCACAAAGAUUAUUCAAGUAUGUGCGCCCAGCGUUAUGUGACUGCAAAACUUUGGUUAGAACAUCAAGCAUGAGGCGCCUUUGUCAAGCUUUAUCUUCAAAUGUGCACAGUCAAAGGCCUUUGUUUCUGUCUCGUUUAAUUUACAUAUACUUGUGUCUGAACACAGUGGCAGAAUGUGCUAAGUCUUGUUGUUUUGCAGAAGUGUGAAUAAAGCAUCAGAACAACAACAAAGAAAAGGCCAGCUGUUCGUGAAAGUACUUUUUCAAGCUGAUAAUUUUUUCUUUUUUGUACUACAGUAAACAACAUUUACUUCUUAACUUGAUACUUUGCAGUUCCCAAUCGUAGCAUGAAAAUACUUUGAGGGUACUAAAUUUCAUGAGAGCAUUAGGCGUGUGAUUGUUUGUAAAUGGAGAAGAGGAAGCAGUCUGUGAGCAAAUGUUUGGAGCGAACUAGAGUGGGGAAUGUCACAAAGCGCUGGUUGUGAGCCAAGAAUGGCAUGCAGCUAGGAGCAAAGGGGUGUGGAUGCAACAAUGCAAGCUCAUUGUGCCUUUCAAAAUAGCCACCAAUGAAUUUGACCAGUACUUGGAGGAAAGUGAUGCAAAUUAUUUGAAUACAAUAUAUAUACAGCACUAAGGCUGUCACCAGUUCUAUGCGGUUUUUGCAUUUGCUGCGUACUUCACUCUAUGCAUACCUUUUUCUUUCCAGUACGUUCUUUGUCCUAACAUGUAUAGUUUGGGACCCAUAUAGCUGACCAGUUAGGGUGUUUUCAGGUAUUCACUCAAUAUUAUUUAUGAUGGCAUUAGUUCACUGGCCACUCUUUCAUUCGUUCGUUACAAGUGCAUCGUUUGCCCACUGCUAAAAUGAGCCAGAAAGAAAAGGGGCAUAACAUGUUAUGCUGUUUAGAGAAAUAACCAACAUUUCUUUAGGAUACCAGUGUGGUGGCUUAGUGGCUGUGACAUCCUGCGGCUGGUUGCACAUCUGGUUGUAGUUCCAGACAUUGCAGCAGCGUUUUGAUGGGGCAGAAUGCAAGCACUUUAAAGAGACCCAAGUUGUUAAAAUUAAUCCAGAGCCCUCAACUACGGUGUCUCUCGUAGCUCUUGUGCUGCUUUGGGAUCUUAAAUUUCAUCAAUCACUCAACUUCUGCAGGAUACAAUACCUUUUCUUAUAUACAUGCGAGGCCACUAACCCUUUUGAUGGUUGAACAAAUAAGAUUCACAUGACUGCGUGACAAAAUCGAUACGAACAAGAAUACAGUGAAAUUUCAAACAUGUGCAAACAAAUAUUCUUAUUGAACAUGAAAUGAAAACAUAAACAAAGACGGGUUGAUGUGUUAGGCAAGUUUGUUUUGAGAGCAGACAAGUGAAAAUGCAGUUGCCGUAUAUAGAAAUGGAAUAAUGUAUGAUGGCGUGAUGUUGUGCGGCAAAGUUUUCUGAAGUUCUGCAGCAACGUACGAAAGGAAAAUAAUUUGUGGUUAUGAUGUGCAGGAUGUGGAGCACUAUAGAUGUAGAUCACAAUGAAUGUUCUAGUUUUUAAUAUGCUUGCAUGAUUAGGCAUUGUGCAAAUGCUUGCAAACCAGUAUUUAAAAAGACACUAAAAAACACUAAAUCAGUUUAGACUGAUAAAGUAUUAUCUAAAAGCUCUAUAUUUAUUAAUUUCACGGUAAUAGGCGAGUUAUGAGAAGAGAAAAACAAAAGUUUUUUUUAAUUUCACGCUCUAACCUCAGUACCGGUGCAUCAAUCAAUGUGACGUCACGAAUUUCAAAAGUAUCUUCUGUUGCCUGGGCUGUCAUGGGCUUGGUAAAAGUUAUCAAAAUUUGAAGUUCAGUAAUUGGCUUCUUUAUAAAUGAAAAAACUAAGUAGGGCUGAACAGAUGUCGUCAAUAUUCAUGAUGUGACGGUGAGCUGGUGCCGGAACUUCAAGGCAGCAUUGCUCCCAGUAUUUCAUUUUUUACCAAGCCUCUAAUGGUAAGCAUGGCUCUUUUUUUGAUAUUGCGUUAUGUAACACUGUGAUUAUUGUAAUUAUGUCCCUUUGAGCAUGACGCUUUAUUUUCCUGGCGUUUCGAAUGUUUAGUGGUCCAUAAAUGAACUUUACUGACUCAUUUUUACAAGUGAAAAGAAUACUGUAUGGUGCUGUAUUUUGUGUCACUGACUGGGUUUCGAUGUUUGGGAGGUUAAGUCAGAAACUGUGAUUGCAUAUGUGAUGUGAAAUAUUGUGCCUAAUUGCAUCAAGAAUAAAAUUAAUUGUGCAUCAUUGAAAAUAAAAGGUAAACUUUCAUCGGAAUAAAUGUUUACCAAAAGUGUUGUUUCUUUAGAAAUGAAACUGCUAUUUAUAGCAGAAGCGUA